CCGUCGCGUCAGUGUACCAGCGACUACGGUCUGUGUCAGACCUAUGUUAAGCUUUCGUUCAACUACGAACUCGAACACGUAAUUUCAUCCGAACGAACUAUGUGGAAUCAUUCAUAAAUAUAAGUGUCGUAUUUUUUUUUUAAUCUGUGCAGUGUGUCUAUGACGAUGGAGCUGUUUUUAUGUGUAUUUGUGUGCGCUUGCGCUAGUGUCCUAGGGUUUAAUGUUGAUAUACCAUCGAGGGUAGUUUUCACCGGCGAUCAGAGGUCUAUGUUUGGAUUCACUGUCCAAUCUCAUAUGGAAGGAGAUCGAAAAACUGUGCUGGUGGGUGCACCGGAGGCGGAACCAUACCAAGUAGAGGGGGUGACCAAACCUGGUGCGGUGUAUCGAUGUGACCCAGCCAGCCGAACAUACACCCAGAGGCCGUUGCAUGGAUGCUCCCUUAUGGACUUCGACAAAACUAAAACUAACAAUGAAGACAGCCAUCGUCACCAGAUCGACCAGAAGUCGUACCAGUGGUUGGGCGCCACGCUCAGCAGCAGCGGCAGCAAUGGACCCAUUGUGGCAUGCGCUCCUCGCUUCGUUUCAUACGUCUCGCACAAAUUGAAUCAACGUGAUCCGGUCGGCACGUGCUUCAUCUCCAAAACACUGGAUGCUGACCGUGUAGAAGAGAUCUCCCCGUGUCGGACGACCAGUCACGGUCAACGUAAAUCGGGCGUAUGCCAAGCAGGUUUUUCAGCUGGAGUUGCCAAGGAUGGCAUGCGUUUGUUCAUGGGUGCUCCAGGAAGCUUCUUUUGGCAAGGGCGAACGUUAUCGAUAGAUAUUACCAUCGAACACAACCACUACUUUAUGGCACCUAUACCAGAAGAAGGUAGGCUGUAUUCCAGAAAUUCAACUUAUCUUAUUGCGACGCCUGAAUCAAAUCCAAAAUACGAUAACUCAUAUAUGGGUUAUUCGAUUACUGUUGGUGACUUUGAAGGUCCUGGAAUCCAAAGUGUCGCGGUAGGAGUACCUAGAGGAGCCGACUUAAAAGGUUUGGUUGUAUUGUACACAUGGGAACUGCAGCCAAUAAAGAAUCUCACUGGCACUCAAAUUGGGGCAUACUUCGGCUACUGUCUCGCCUCUGGAGAUUUCGACGGCGAUGGCGCCGAUGACAUCGUUAUCGGUGCUCCUAUGUUCGUCAAACCCAGGAGUGAUGGCUAUGAACAUGGAAGAGUCUACAUUGUAUACCAGGGAAAGGAUAGGUCAUUCACAAAAUUCCACUCUCGAACUGGCGAAGUAUCAAAGGGAAGAUUUGGUUUGUCUAUUACGUCGCUUGGUGAUAUCAACUAUGAUGGAUUUGGAGAUAUUGCCAUUGGCGCCCCAUAUGCUGGCGAGAAUGGCCGUGGUGUGGUCUACAUAUACCAAGGCAGUAUCACCGGAAUCCGGGAAAAGUAUUCCCAGGCUAUAACUGCUGAGGAGAUCUCUCCGACCCUGACUACCUUCGGUUUCUCAUUAUCUGGAGGCAUAGAUUUAGACAACAAUAACUACCCCGAUUUGGUUGUCGGUGCUUACAAGUCUAAUAGCGCUGUGUUUUUCAAGUCUCGGCCCGUAGUCCAAGUGACUGCUGAAGUCAGCUUCGUUGGUGAAAAGCAUAUAUCUCUGACUGAAAAGAAUUGUCUAUUACCAAAUGGUACUAGAGGCACCUGCGCCCACAUCAUGUUCUGUCUCACUUACAGCGGCGUUAAUGUGGACCAGCAGAUCAAGUUCAAAAUAACCGUGGAAUUGGACUCGAGGCAGAAGACCACGAAACGAUUGUUCUUGGAAAGCCGAGAGACGAACUUUACGACGCAUAUCUUGGUCACCCAGAGACAACAUUCGUGCAGCAACAUCACCGCUUAUCUAGAUGAAGAGAUACGAGACAAACUAACACCGAUAGAAGCAAAGAUGACAUACCAGCUGAUGACGCAACCCUCCGGCGAUGUGGUGCCGCCCGUGCUCGAUCAGACCGAGAGCAUUGUUCAUACAGACUCACUGAACAUACAGAAGAACUGCGGUUCUGAUAACAUUUGUAUACCCGACUUGAGGAUGUUUGUUACAACCCCUGUCGGAAAAUAUCUUCUCAGUUCUGGUGAAAAUAUAAACAUUGAUGUCAAGAUAGACAACUCCGGCGAGGAUGCAUUCGAGGCUGGUUACUACUUAGGUCUACCAGCUGGAGUAACGUAUGCUAAGAUGGAGAGACUGGACAAGGACAACGCUAAUGUAGUGCCUAUAUACUGCUCCAUGAUGACGACGGUGCCAAGUGUAAACAGGACGUUGAAAUGUGACCUUGGGAACCCAUUGCCGAGUGGACAGAGAGUUAACUUCCGCAUCAUUCUGGAGGUGGACAUCCAUGUGAAGAAGCUGGUCUUCGACAUGGAGACCAAUUCCACCAACCCUGAGCAAGGAACGGAUUACGAUAACACAAAACACUUGAUCAUUGAUGUGAUAACGCGAGCUCAUCUUUCCAUAAUCGGUACAUCAGACCCUCCGGAACUGCAUUACAACAACUCGCUGUACAAUGUUGUGGACUUGAAAGAUGACUCCAAGCUUGGCCCACAGGUCAUACACAAAUAUAACAUCAAGAACGAAGGUCCCUCUAUUGUGAACGAAGCAGAAAUAAUUAUUAUGUGGCCAUAUCAAACGCUGGACGGUGAAAACCUCAUGUAUAUGCUGGUACAACCACAAGCAGUGGGCAACGUCAAGUGCGAUAUAGCGAAGCAUAUUAACCCUGAGGAAUUGUUAGUGCAAGCACCGUACGCAUUUUAUCUCAGUAAAGAGAAGGAUGCAAUGUUAUCUACCGACCUUUAUAAGGAGUCCGAAAUUAUGGGAAACGGAGGAUAUUAUGGACAAGUGAACUGGGACUACAGCCAAUCUGGUGACAGUCAAGCUUCAGGUGGUCAGUCUGGUGGUAGCUACGUAUCAGGAGCACAGCCCACCCGUAGGCAGUACGGCGUCAACCAAGGCUCUGGACAGGUCACUGCCAGCAAUGGUCAUACCUAUACAUUCAACAAAACGUGGAGCGAAUCAUAUGACCCAGGCUUAACUGAGGAAGAACAGGAACUAGUUAGAAGAAGAAUUGCUGGAAAACUAGCGGGACAGGGUCAUGGAAGUCAAAGCCAGGGCGUCUAUAGCCAGAGUGGCUACAACCAGGGUGCCUAUAGUCAAGGCAGUUAUAGCGGAGGAAAUCAUGCUCAAGGCAACUGGCAGAGUCGGGAUGAAGCUGCUGGCCAAGGCGGUGUCUACAACCAGGGUCAGGUCGUAAGGAUUAAGAAUAGAACAAUUACUUAUGAUGGACAUGGAAAUAUUGUAUCACAGACUGAAAGUAGCACUGAAUAUGGAGAUUUGGGACAUGAAGGCGAAGCUGGGAGCUCUUUUCAUCUUUACGGUGACAGAACAAAUGAAAACCAACAAGGAUCUAGUGGAAGCUACCGUCAUAACUCUGGACAGACUUACUCUCAAUCUGGACAAGGCUACGCGCAAGGUGGUAGCGGAUAUGCUCAAGGAUCUCACCAAUACAACCAGGGUUCCUACAGCAACCGAGGAUCCGGUCAAGGAUUUGGCCACAAUUCUUGGGCUACAACGGAAACUGUGAAUUCUGACAUCAUGAAGGCCGGUUCCUCGACUUACCGAGGUAAUGGUGGGUUGACUGUCCUCGGUGACGAGGAAGAAGACAACAUUGGUGGAAUUGGAGCUUAUGCGGCCCAAGAUUCAAACAAUGAGUUUAAAUAUGGCAUUGCUGACGUCACUAAUAGUGGGGGAAGCUCAGGGUCUCAAAGCGGAAAUUACCAGAGUGGUAGCUACGGAAGCGGUGGAGCAUAUCAAGGCAGCCAAGGAAGUGGGGGCAGUUACCAGUCCAGCGGUGGAAGCUACCACAGCAGUGGAGGUUCUCAGGCGAGCAGCGGUGGCGGAUACUACUAUUCUUCGCAGUCAGGUGGUCGCUCUAGCGCGCAUUCUGAGAGCAGUUACGGUUCAUCAGGCAGACGAUCAUUUAGCAGACGACGCCGUCAGGAUAUGGUGGACAACCAAUUGAGGGAGGUAUUAGAAAAAUGCGAAGAGAAGUAUAAAUGCGCGGUUGUGAGGUGCAGAACAGGUGUACUACUGAAAGACCAGGAGGUCUGGAUCGCUCUGAGGUCAAGGAUCAAUGCGUCUGUUUUGAACGAGAUAUCCAAAGAACGCGCCGUCAAGUUGUCAACCCUAACAGCAACUCGGGUGUCCUCACUGCCAACAGUAGGCCGGCCGCAGGACCAGACGUGGCAAAUAGCCGAAGCUCAGACUGUAAUCACGCCGCAAUUAGAAGCGCUGGAAAGCGGCACCAUACCACUAUGGGUGGUGGUGCUAGCCGCUGUAAUUGGCGCUUUACUGCUGUUAUUGCUCAUCUACGCAUUAUAUAAGUGUGGAUUCUUCAAGCGCAACCGUCCAUCCGACCACGCCGAGCGACAGCCUUUGAACAACCACGACGAACAUCUCUGAUAUCCGACCACUGAUCUCGGAGUCACGAGCGACACGGGAGGCACCAGCGCGACUAGUGAGUCCUCCUCCACUGACGCAGCCAGUGACGUCACCAGCCGAGACUCCACCAGCCUCGAUAGGUACUGAUGUAAUAACUGUUUCAAAUAUAG